AUGUUUUCUUCCUCUUCCUCGACGAAGCGAUCGACGCUCGCGUUCUUCGCGAUGCUGUUUUUCAUCUGCAUCGCCUCGUUUGCAUCCGCCGCCAGGAUUUCUCCGGCGAUGAACGAGAAUACUAAUAAUAUUCCAUCCGCGGACAGUAAUGGUCUGAUCCCGAGAACUCGAGUCCCAGCUCCGACGACGACUGGCCCGGCAUCGGCGAGAUUGGGCGCCUCCGGGAACUGGUUCGUGCACUCUUCGGUGCGUUCUUUUUUAGUGCUUUACUCUUUUUCUUCGCUUUGUUUUUCACUCUUCUUCUUCUUCUUCUUCUUCUUCUUCUUCUUCCGUGAUGAUGAUGUUUUGAUGAGGGCUGUGGAAAAGCAACAACACCCAAAACCCCAUACGGACCCCGACGAAGAUCGAACGCCGAACAAUCACAAUCACAACAACAACAACCAAACACGAAACUGA